GCCAUCAAGCAGGCGAUGGGCGAGCUCUACGAGCGUCUCAGGCAGACAGUCGACAAGGUGUCAGCGCUUGGCGACUUCCAGCGGCCGCUCCGCGUGCUCAGGCGGCUGGUCGGAUUCCCCAGCUGCGCCAAGGCUCUAGUGCACCAUCCCAAGUGGAUUCCCAAGAAUCAAAUCAUGCUCAUCGGGGAAGGGAGGGCCAUGGAGCUCUCCAGCUUGCUCGGAGCCUUCUUCCACGUGAGCGCCAUCCCCGACCGCGAGUUCGCAAGCCAGCCUGAUGUUGGGCAACAGUGUUUCUCCUCGCGCCGGCCAGGUGACUUGGUGUCAUCUUUCGCUGCUAUCAAGAGUGUCACGAAUUGCUUGCAGGAUGGACUCACGGAUGUUCUUCUGGCGCUGCUUAAAAAUCCGGAUACUCGAGGCAAGGUCCUUGAGUAUCUUGCGGAGGUGAUCAACAAAAAUGUGGGGAGAUCUGGCAUGCAUGUGGACCCUCUAAAAUGCGCUAGCUCCGGUAUGUUUGUCAAUCUUAGCGCUGUGAUGCUCCAUCUAUGCGAGCCUUUUCUGGAUCAAAUGGAGUCUAAGAAGGGCAAGAUCGAUGUCAAGUACCUCUUCUGCAACCACAGGAUCAAUUUCAAAGAUUUGACCGCGAUUAAUGCCUCUUCGGAACAAGUGUCUUCAUGGACAGGGAGCUGGAGCCAUGCGCAUGCUCAAGAGAAUUUCUCAUUCAUUUGCGAAUGUUUCUUCAUGACGGCCAGGGUACUCAAUAUGGGGUUGAUGAAAGCUGUAGCGGAUUUCAAACACCUCUCUGAAGAUCUCGCAAGAUAUGAAGAUGAUUUGGAAGCAAACAUAGCAUUCAGAGAACAAUCAGGAUGUUCGCCACAGCUUGAGCAAGAUAUAAAACGUUUGGAGAGGACGGUCGCGGUUUUAUCACAAGAGAAGUACUGCUAUGAAGCUCAGAUACUAACGGACGGUGCGUUUCUUCAGCGUGCGCUGUUUUUCUACAGACUAAUGAUAUUGUGGUCAGUAGAUCUUGUUGGUGGAUUUAAGAUGCCUUUGCCAUCACAAUGCCCUAUGGAGUUUUCUUGCAUUCCGGAGCAUUUUCUUGACGAUGCAAUGGAUUUACUUGUCCUAACCUCCAGAGUUGAUAGUAAAGCUUUGGAAGGAUUCCCAUUGGAUGACUUUCUCAAUUUCAACAUCAUGUUCAUGGCCAGUUCUUCUCACAUUAAAAAUCCUUAUCUGAAAGCAAAGAUGGUUGAAGUUUUGAACUGUUGGAUGCCACGGAGAAGCGGCUUGACAUCCACAGCCUUGUUAUUUGAGGGGCACCAACUAUGUCUUGAUUAUCUAGUACCAAACCUUCUGAAGCUUUAUGUGGACAUCGAAUUUACUGGCUCCCAUACACAAUUCUUUGACAAAUUUAAUAUCCGACACAAUAUUGCUGAGCUUCUGGAAUAUUUAUGGGAUGUUCCCAGUCACCGAAAUGCUUGGAGACAAAUAGCUAAACAAGAGGAGAAGGGUGUAUACUUGAACUUUCUGAACUUCCUUAUCAACGAUAGCAUCUAUCUUCUCGAUGAGAGUUUGAACAAAAUUCAUGAACUCAAGGAAAUAGAGGCUGAAAUGGCUAACACUAUUGCGUGGAAUAGCAGACCCGCUCAAGAAAGGGAGGAGCGUUUGCGUGUAUUUCAUCAAUCAGAGAAUAUUGUUCGUUUUGAUAUGAAGCUGGCAAAUGAGGAUGUUGGGAUGCUUGCCUUCACGUCAGAACAAAUUCCAGCGCCUUUACUUCUUCCAGAAAUGGUGGAAAGGGUGGCAAGCAUGCUAAAUUACUUCCUCUUGCAACUUGCUGGUCCACAGAGGAAAUCACUGACCGUAAAGGAUCCCGAGAAGUAUGAGUUCAAGCCGAAGCAGCUAUUGAAACAGAUUGUUACCAUCUAUGUCCACAUAGCAAGGGGUGAUAAGGAAGCUAUCUUCCCUGCUGCAAUCACAAAAGAUGGACGAUCAUACAAUGAGCAGUUGUUUGCUACUGCAGCUAAUAUUUUGUGGAAGAUCGGGGCAGAUCCACAAAACAUACAGGAGUUUACGCAACUCGCCGGUAAGGCAAAAGCUGCAGCCUCUGAGGCCAUGGAUGCUGAAGCUAUCCUUGGGGAUAUACCAGAUGAAUUUCUUGAUCCAAUUCAGUAUACUCUCAUGGAAGAUCCUGUGGUACUACCAUCGUCGCGGGUUACAAUCGAUCGUCCAGUUAUUGUCCGGCAUUUGCUCAGUGACAGUACUGAUCCAUUCAACAGGUCCUAUCUCACACAAGACAUGUUGUUACCAGACACGGAUCUUAAGUUGCGCAUCCAAGAGUUUAUCAGGUGUCAGCAGUUCAGGGCACGGCCGGCUGCGGACUCCGUGAUGGAGGAGCCUGAUGGCAGUUCAGGCAUCAAGUCAAUUAUCUUGGUUCUCCCCUACUUCAGUCUCUGA